CUUCACUCUUUAUUUAAUCGGAAACCAUAUCCACUUACAGCACCCAAGUUCGCACUUGUUCCCAAUGGCAGCCUCCCGCUUCGGCACUUCCCUUGCCCCACCUCCUCUUACAGGAAGUACAGCCGCGUUGCCGGCGACAAGCUCAACCAUACACUUUCCGUCCUCAUCGUGGCGUCUCUUUGUCCAAUUUAACUGCGCCAAUUCGUCGCCCCGGGCCCAUUCUCCCACUCUCGAAGCUCUAAUUUCGUCUUCCUCGGUGCGACCUCAGAUAACGGGUAGGUCUCGGGCGAUUUUGAAUGAGGAAUCUGUAGUAACGGAGGAGAUCAGCGGUGGCUUCUCUGGAAGUAGACUGAAAAAGGAAAUCCGGCCGUGCGAGUUAUACGUCUGUAACCUCCCGAGGAGCUGCGAUAUUCCGCAACUCGUCGAAAUUUUCAAAUCCUACGGGACAGUUGUCUCCGUCGAGGUUUCCAAGAACCCUGAAACUGGGGUAAGUCGGGGUUGUGGUUAUGUGACAAUGGGUUCCCAAAGUUGCGCCCGAAAAGCAAUGUGUUCGUUGGAUGGCUCCGACAUUGAAGGAAGGGAAAUGCGAGUUAGGUUUUCAGUCGACAUGACUUCCGGUAGGAGACUAGAGAGAAAUGAGGAGGUCAUGAGUGCAUCGCCCUCGAAAACCCUAAUCUAUGAGAGUCCAUACAAGUUGUACGUGGGCAAUCUAGCCUGGACAAUAAGACCAGAUGAGUUGAGGAAAAAGUUUAGUGAGUUUGGGAAUGUGGUCAGUGCGAGAGUGUUGUAUGACCGUAAGGGAGGAAAAAAUCGUGCUUAUGGGUUUAUAUCCUUCUCCACUUCAGCAGAACGUGAGGCUUCACUGUGUUUGGACGGUACAGACUUUCAUGGUCGGGUGUUAGUUGUUAGAAAAGGUGUUGACAGACAGGACCUUUGAGCCAGGAUUUUUGUUGACAGCCUGGAGACGAGACGAUCAGUAGUUGUUGUUUCAUUAAGGAGCUAUGAUUGAAGCAUGCAGAUCCCUAUCAGUAAUGCUACCCGUGACAAUGAAUUGCUGGUGUCGUUUCACAGUAUUUAACCCAGCUCUUCUGAGGUCGAACCCCCUUCAAACAGUUUUGUGUAAGUGAAUCAUGUGGUUGGGCCGGACAUUGAGUGGGGAAAUGUAUUUUUGUCCGUUUAUACAUUAAAUUCUUUAUUUUAUUUUAUUUCGUAUUUAAUGGCUACACUUUCAAAGAAGG